AACAAAGUUAGUAGUUUCAACGGUUAAACCUAGCUAGCAAUCUUCAUCUUUCUGACACAAAGCAAACGAAAACUAGAAGAUAAGAACUUGUUGUGUUAGGCCGUUGAAAAACUCCCUUACAAGACACUUCACAAUCUUUCUUUCUGCAAUCUUUGUUCUAAUAGAAACAACCUCCACCAACAUUAAAGAAAGACAAAGCUCUGUUCUAUCGACAUGGCGGACGCAGAUCUUGAACGGGGAAAGAAUAGAACCAAUGCCUAUACUUCAGCUUCUUAUUAUGUUGAAUCCAAUGAUCAUCAAUGGACUUCUUGGUUGAUCCCCAUGUUUGUGGUGGCUAAUGUUGCUGUGUUCAUUGUAGCCAUGUAUGUCAACAAUUGUCCCAAGCAUACGGAUGGUUCUUGUGUAGCUAAGUUUCUUGGUAGGCUAUCGUUUGAGCCCCUUAAAGAAAAUCCCCUCUUUGGUCCUUCGUCUUCUACAUUAGAAAAAUUGGGAGGCCUGGAGUGGACUAAGGUAGUGCAUGGACAUCAAGGAUGGCGACUAAUCUCCUGUAUCUGGUUACAUGCCGGUGUUAUUCAUUUGCUGGCUAAUAUGUUGAGCUUGGUCUUCAUUGGGAUUCGCCUUGAGCAGCAGUUUGGAUUCUUGCGGGUUGGUCUCAUCUACUUAUUAUCAGGAUUUGGUGGGAGCAUUCUGUCUUCACUGUUUAUUCAACACAAUAUCUCUGUUGGUGCUUCUGGUGCUUUGUUUGGUCUUCUUGGAGCGAUGUUAUCUGAGCUCCUUACUAAUUGGUCAAUUUAUACCAACAAGGCUGCAGCUCUAUUGACUCUUGUGGUCAUUAUCGCCAUUAACUUAGCCGUUGGAAUUCUUCCUCAUGUUGACAAUUUCGCACACAUUGGAGGUUUCUUAUCUGGGUUUCUCCUGGGGUUUGUUUUGCUGCUUCGACCUCAGUUUGGUUGGGCAGAGCGCCGCCAUCUUCCUGCUCAAACUCAAGUAAAAUCUAGACAUAAGGUUUACCAGUAUGUCUUUUGUAUUGCGGCCUUGGUUUUACUAAUUAUUGGAUUUACAGUGGGAUUGGUGAUGCUAUUUAGAGGAGAGAAUGGAAACGAUCACUGCAGCUGGUGCCAUUACCUAAGUUGUGUACCUACCUCAAAAUGGAACUGCGGGAACUAGUCUCACAGAAUUCCGCCAAUCAUUCUCUUUUGUUCUUUUUCUUGUUAACUACAAUAUUCAUUUUGUUUAUUUGUUUGGGAUGAUGGAUGCUCUAACUGAUGGGCACGCAUGGUUUGUCUCCUUGGGCAUCAAGUUCACUUGUAUCUGGUUUAUACGGGAUGUCUUCCCAUUGUAUGUAUGCACAGGAUUUAGAAAUUAAAACAUGGAUUGAUUUCA